AUGAGUCACCAUCACCAAGUUCCUGAUUUUGAAAUGGACGAUGAAUAUUCAAUUCCGACAUCGUCACCGAGUUUAAGCAGGCCAAAGAAAUCAGCAAUGGCUGAGGACGAAGAGAUCAUGGAGCUACUAUGGCGAAACGGUCAAGCGGUUGUACAAACCCAAAACCAAAGAUCUUUCAAGAAAUCUCACAUCGCCGACGAAGCCGUCACCCCUGCCGCUCAACACUCCACCGCCAGAGAGAUCAGAUCCGAGGAUGAAACCAUACCUCACCUCUUCAUGCAAGAAGAUGAAAUGGCCUCUUGGCAUCACUAUCCAGUUCCACUCGAUGAAUCCUCCUUCGACCGCGAUAUCUACUCCGAUCUUUUCUAUCCUGCACCGUCUGCUCUCGUCACCGCCCCUCCCCCACGGGACGUCCGACCGCCACCGCCUUCCUCUUCGGUGACAUCAACUGCAGCCCCGCGGCCUCCGAUACCUCCGGCUAGGCGGGAGGUCGUUGAAAGCUCGGCUAGGAUUCAGAAUUUCAUGCACUUCACGAGACCAAAAGGAAGAAUGGAAUCAGGACCGUCUAGUUCAAGCAAGGCGGUGAGAGAAUCAACGGUGGUGGAUUCGAAUGAUACGCCCGAUGUUGAUCCAGAAUCUAGGGUUUCGCAUGCGGCGCGUAGUACGACUCAGGUUUCUGGCGGGAAUAGAGGGUGCGGGACCAUGAGCGGCACUGAUGAGGGAAGUACAGCGACCGCGGCGAGGGAGUUGGCGACGACGUGUGAUCUCACGAUGGCUUCAUCAUCUAAUAAUUCCGGAGCCAGCGUCAGUGGGAGCGCCGAGCCGGCGAGGAAACAGCCGCAGGAGAAGCCAGAGGAUCGGAAGCGUAAAGGAAUAGAAGCCGACGACAACGAGUAUCACAGUGAGGAUGCUGAUUUCGAAUCGGCUGAUGUAAAGAAGCCAGCUCAUGGAUCAACAUCUACAAAGAGAUCCCGUGCAGCAGAGGUCCACAAUCUCUCGGAGAGAAAGCGUCGAGAUAGGAUAAAUGAGAAGAUGAGGGCUUUGCAAGAACUCAUUCCUCGUUGCAACAAGUCAGACAAAGCUUCAAUGCUUGAUGAGGCAAUUGAGUACUUAAAAUCACUUCAAUUGCAAAUACAGAACUUAGAAGUCUAUGGGUUCCCUAUCCCCCCUUUCCACGGGGUUGUCAACUCAAAACGACAAGUAAAGUAG